CUGCCCUACAUGAUUAGUUGGUACAUGUACAUACAUCGAUACAUAAGAUAUCUACAUGGCGGUCGCAGACACAAGCACGAGUUUCGUUCACAAGCGUUCACAAACCCGCUGUGCUGCUGUACCGGUACGCCACUCGACGUCGACAGCACCACCUCUAGUUUCAGACUGCCACUUCACCUGCCCUCAUCGGUCCCGUCUGUGUUGCGCUGCAAAACCCACCUUGCUUGCUGAGACUUCUGGCUGUUCGGCGAGCAUCGAGACUCGAGGCAGCCCGUCAGUCAGUCUGUCAAGAAUUGUUUAAAAGCCGGCCUGGGGUCUCUCGGAGCUAGCCAGGGCCCCAGCGCAAGCCUCACCAUCCAUCCAUCCAUUCACCAUCAAUCAUCUUUCAUCUCCCCUCGUCCUGCUGCUCUCCAGUUUUUUUCCUGUUGGUCGUUGUCGAGCUAGCAUUCCCGCCCGCUGCCCUCAAUCGUCAAACAGCCCUAACACCACCUCCUCCCGUGCCUGCCGUGUCCCUGUGCAGAAUCCCGUCAUAUCAGCGCUUGCGAUCGUCCUGCAUCCCUGGCUUGCUGCCCUUAAUAUCCUGGACCUCUUGCUUGGGGGCCCGGAUGACGUUGAUCACUUAUCUACUACAUCCCUCUCCUCGCCAUCACUUACUGACUAACCGACUGGCUGUUUGUUUGUUUGUCUGUCACUUCGUCGCGUCGCUCCUGUUCUGCAUCCUCCAAAGAAGAAGGGGAGAAGGAGGAAGAGGGGAAUCCCCAUUUCUCUCCAGCAUCAAUCAUGUCGGGAUACUACAACCAAAACCCCAAUCUACCACCCCAGUACUACAAUGUCAACCCCAACUUUGUUCCAAACUCAAACAUCCCUCAUGCACAACCGCAACUGCACACAAUGGCACCGGAUGGCUCCUACGGCCAACCCAUCCCAGAGAGUCCCAUCUACCGGAGCAUGCCCGGUGCUUUCGUGCAGUAUCCUGAAGUGCCGUUGCAGCAGCAACCUUACAUUGGCCAAUAUGAAGACACUCCAGGCCCCCCCAUGGACAACGCGCAGAAUAAUAAUGCUCGCGUAAGACGCCGUUCGGGCCCUGGCGACCAAGUCAAACAUCGGAGGACAAGGAGUGGCUGCUAUACCUGCAGGCAGCGAAGAGUCAAAUGUGAUGAGAACCGCCCUCAAUGCGAGCGAUGCCGGAAAGGGAACCGCGAUUGCGUUUAUCCAGACUCUCAGCCUGGCCAGAAGGGUGGGAAAGGCGGAUCGAAAAGCGGAAAAUCAUCUUCGGGUGAAGGUUCAUCACCUGAAGAGCACGACGAAGAUGCAAAAGAUCGUCUACCACCCAUCCCAGACGAAGAAGAUUAUAGCGACUUGGAGUUUGAUCCAAAGGGCCAUGACGAUAACGAAGCCUCCAGCACUCCGGCAUUGACGCUUGAUCGCAGUCCAACGCCAUCCGUGGAGUCUUCGCUGAAGACACCCAACCUUGCGAAUCGUCCCCCGCUCCCCCGAAAAGACAGUGUUCCUAUCAGCAAGAGCUCAACCUGGUCCAAAUCUAUAGCCCACCUCUCCAAAGACCUUCAAUUCUACCUCAACUAUUUCAAAAGCGAUAUAUCUCAUCAUCAUUAUGCGCUGAAGAUGGAUACGGGGAACGUUUUCCAGACCGAGCUACUCAGAUAUGCACUCAAAUACGACCCCCUCCUCUACGCAGUGGUAGGGUAUGCUGCGUACUUCCACACACUCUCGCAGCCCGACGGCCAGAUUUCCACAUUCCUGCGAUAUUACAACGAAUCCGUCACUCGAUUGCGCGUUUCCAUUACGAAAAGCAAGAAACAGGGGUUAGCGACAUUUCUGACAAUACUCCAGCUUGCAGCCAUUGAGGAAGUACUGGGUGAUUGGGUGAAUCUCAUGGGUCAUCAGAAGGCUGCUUACGAUAUGUUGGUUCGCCGUUAUUCCCCGGAAACGAUUGUGCAAUCGAAUUUUCUACUCAAAAUAGUGCUUUGGUAUAUACGGUUCGACCUGUUCGUUGGCUUCCAAUCAGGUGGAGAAGCCGUGCUCAGUCGGGAAUGGUAUGUAGCCGUGCACGAACGUUAUAUGCAAAGAAAGGCCGAGAACCCUGAUUCAUUGCAAUUGAGAUACGAGGAACGAUUCGCUUAUACGAGGGUGAUUGCGAAAGACGUGCAUGAUCUCUUUCUGCGCAAGGGGAGAGGACAGAUGAGCGAUGAGGAAACGAUGCAGCAGUUCGCAGUAAUGGAUGGGAAGUUGAGGAACUUGGACGAGAACAUCGACCCGGAACUCAUGGAUACCAACAAAAAGAUAAAGCGGCUUCAAGGGAAUCCAGACCCCAAUGGCAUUUUCAACGGUUCAGAGCCAAACGUCAUAUGGGGUGGAGAGUACUACAUGUCGAAUUUUGUACUUCUGGACCUGUACGGGAUUCUCUUCAUGUAUCACCUCUCGAUUUCCAUGGCGAUGCGCAAACCCUUCGAACCGGAUAUGGUGCAAAAAGCGUAUCAGACGGCCCAGAUGUUCGAAGCCCUCUGUCAGUUACCCAAUGCACCCCCUGGGGCGAUUUUCGAAGCGCAGGCGACUAUUGCCAUUGCCAUGCUAUUCCUACCCAAGGACCCUACCACACGCGACUGGUGCCGACGCAGUUUUGUCAAAAUUGAAAGCUCAGGCUACAUCUAUCCAGCGAUACUCCGCACUCAAUUGCUAGAGACCUGGGGAAUGGCAGCAUCGGAUUGGUGGUUUCCAAACGACGAAGGAUGCCCGCGCAUGAUACGAUCAAUCAAGGACUUCAUCCGCGAGCGAACCACCGAACCCAAAGAUCAAGUGUCGCAGGACCUACGAGAAAUGAGAGGCAUCUUCAGCACGCUCAACAUGUCUGAUUCGCCACCCGGGGAUGGCGGGAGCAAUGCAAGCAACAGCAGCCACACGCCCAUCGAAGGCACCAUGAGCUUCAGGAGCACACCGGGUGCGGCAGACGAGACGGAAAUCUACACAGGGCCAGGGGAAUGA